GACGCGGACAGCCGGCAGCCGCCGCCGGGCCCUGACGAGGACGAGGAAUACGGUUACGACUGCGACGAGGAGCAGGAGGAGGGCUGUGAGGCGCCGCACGCCGCCAUGCUGAACAUCUUCCGCUCCAUCCCCACGCAGAUGGACUAUAAGGGCCAAAAAUUAGCAGAACAGAUUUUUCAAGGAAUCAUUCUUGUCUCUGCAAUAAUUGGUUUCAUCUAUGGAUACAUCACUGAACAGUUUGGAUGGACUGUCUACAUAGUUAUGGCUGGAUUUGCUUUAUCGUGUUUGCUAACGCUCCCUCCGUGGCCUAUGUACCGCCGCAAUCCUCUGAAGUGGCUACCUGUCCAAGAGUCAGGAACAGAAGAAAAGAAGCCAGCAGACAGAAAGCCAAAGAGACAUGCUAAAAGCUAGAAAACAUGGUUCUUCAUGCUGUUACUUUGUUAAAUUUUGUUAAAUGCAUUUCCAUUGGGAGACA